AUCAAAGUCGGAAGCUGUCGAUGAGCCGACGGGGGGGGGGGAGUCAGGCCAUGUCUGUCGGUGGCAUCGCGUCACAGGUGAUCAUUCCGGUGUCUGUGCCUGCACAAUGCCAGACAGACGGCGUGCAACACGUUACGUACAGCCCCGGCACCCCCUUUUCAACAUGGCAGCAGGCCACGUCGACGGCACAACAUGCGGCAUGAGACACGAAACGGCAAGCGGAUGGAGCGGCACGAAAGCUCUCAACUCUUUCCCUGCCCGGUCGUCGCUUGCCGCCCCGCAGCGGCAAGGCAAGAGCUAGUGUGGGUCCUGCAGGUCCAGUGUGGGCAGGCAAGUCGAGCACAACCAACGGUGUUGAGACUGUGACCUCGAUAAAGUACCAUUCGAUCCAUCCCACAGCCCUUUGAAAUAGGGGUUGCCCACACUGUCGGGGAAUAUCGUGGGACUGGGGGGCAGAGCGGUACCUAGGUAAUUACACCCCAGAUGGGACAAGAGAGCAGAGCAACAAUCCCCGUCACCCACGUCUGCCUCGUCUCCAAACCUGGCGACACAGCUUGCAACAUCAUCACCUGCCGACACCCACUGGUACAAAAAGGCUCGCAGCCCGCUUCGAGGUUGGUAAAAAGGGUUAGCGGCGUCUUUCUCCGCAUGAGGCGAAAAUCAUACCCUCCUUGUCCAGCCAUACAACCCACACGCGCGCACACCCUCGUCUCCUUCCCUGCACGCUUGAUAGGCUGGGCCGCUUGCAAGUCUGGCAGCUUCCGUGAGGUCUCGGUUCUCCGCAUUCGUCCAUCCACCCAUCCAUCCAUACCAAAAAAAAGAGGGUUAGUCAAAAGUCAUCCAUGGAACCUCCGCCCAUCUUUCCCUACACCCCUGCCGGUCUUCGUCCGAAAAGCAAUGUCGCUGCCUUUCUCCUCACCCAGCGGCAGACACACCACCACCCGUCAUCCGUGGCUAGCCUCCCGCUUUACACAACGGCUUAGUUUCCCCCAUUCAUAACCCCGCCGCAGUCUCGUGUUUGGCUCAAAUCCUGUGAUCGAGUAACUCUCACUCGCUGCUUGCAGCUUCACUCGUCUUUCUCCGACCUCCCCCAACGCCGCAUAGCUUGCGUGCUUUGCAUAUUUUCUUUUCCUAUUCCAGCGCUUGCACGCUGGCCAACAAACCUGACAUGGAAUCACAGACAGCCAUCGCGCCACCGGUUCAGGACCCGCGUUUUACGGGACAGCACCUAACGAUGGAUCCGGCCAAAUUCUACCACCAGUUCGAACAGGCGGUCAUAGGCCUCCAAGAGCAGAUUAGCCAGCUCGGUUCCAUCGCCCCCGUCGGAGGCGAGCGCCAGGAUGCAACCGAGGCCAUCCAGGCCGGCAUAAAGAACCUCACCCAGCAGGUUUCCGACGCCUCAGACAGCAUUCCCAGAUAUGACCAGAGGCAUUAUGGCGAGGCCAUCAAGCGGCUCACAGAGAUGCUCAGCGAGGAGCUGGCCAGGCUUCACCCAAAGACCCGCUUCCAGUUCCAGUUCAGAGACCCGAGCACCAGCUCGGAGGCGGCAAGCGACCCCCGGCAGCUUAGGUGGGGGCCACAGGGCGGUGUCGCUGCGGACGCCGGUGGAGCUGUCGACGGUGAGGAUGUGGUUGGGGCGCUGCCCAAGUUCGGCCCCGGCUCUGGGCCGGGCAAGAACUACAACGAAGAGAUAUCCCGGCCAGGCGCCGGGGGCAUCCGCAAGCCCAGCUUCUCAACCGCGCGAAACGUCGACAUACGUGACCACGAGGGACUCCACAUCAUUCUGCCCUUGACGGCGGCCAAGGCCACUAGCUCGGGGAGCCUCCAGAAUCUGAGGCGGUGCAUAAUCGAUAUGUCGGAGCCGGCCGCGGGCACAGCGUCCUUCGCAAGCCUGACCAUCAGGGAUGUGUCCUCGAGUCUGGUGGUGACCGGCAACGUUAACGGAGCCGCACAUGUGACUGGCGUGCGAGACAGUGUGCUGGUUGUGUCGGCGAGGCAGGUGCGCAUGCACGAGUGCGAGAACGUGCGCGUCUAUCUUUAUUGCGCGAGCCGGCCCAUCAUCGAGGACUGCGUCGGCAUCAAGUUCGCGCCCAUUCCGUCUUGCUAUGUGCCUCAGUCACAAGAUCCCGAGAGCAAUCAGUGGGACCAGGUCGACGAUUUCAAGUGGCUAAAGACAGACCACUCACCCAACUGGUGCGUCCUGCAGGAUGAGGAGCGUCUCCCCGAGACCUUCUGGAAGCAGGCGGUCCCGGGUCGCCCUGGUCAUGGUCCGGUUGAUAUCUUGAAGGAGGCCGGUGUCCUAGGUGGAUAGUUGGUGAGAAUGGGUCGAUGAAAGGCUUGGCGCAGGGCAUUGUUCCUGGGAGUUGAGCCGGGAAACCUUGAGUUCAAGAUGAUGGUGUGUUUGUUGUUCACUCCUUUGGCUAAAAAAGCGCCACUGCCGUGGAAGCUCGAUGAUGCAUCAAGUUUUGCCGGCGAGUAUGCAGGACGGACUCCAAAACGCCUCCACCUCUGGAUGUCAAGAUCAUGAUCAUGAUGACGGCUUCCAAAAGGCAAAAGAUGGAUUUGCCAUAAGAUAGGUAGUGAUGAUGAUAUGCAAAGAAGGCAAAAGGGGUAUCGCUGGUGCAUGAUGGUUGGGCCAUUUCGCCACGUUCCAAUAGCAUGCUCACAUCUCCAUCCUGUCCCCGC